AAACUAGAAGGAAAAAAUUAAAACAAAAAGAUAACACACGCAAACAAGCAAAGCAAAGCAACUCGACACAUAUUCCGUCUGUGAGUGUAGAAAUCUACAAUCCAGCGGUCUCAUCCACGCACUGCCAAAAAUCCUCAAAACCCACCCUAACCCUCUCUCUCUCUCUCUCUCCCCUUUUUCUAUUAUCAUAUUUUUGUUUCUUUCCCAUUCAAAUUUCUAGGGCCUGACCGCCGCAGACAUGGCUUCUCACGCCGCCAAUCUAUGGGUGCUGCUCGGCUUGGGUUUAGCUGGAAUUUUUCUGAUGACUAAAAGGCUUAAGAAAACUAUUAAAGCCGACUUUGGGGCUUUUAUUCAGAAGUUAGAGUUGCUUCCUCCGCCUCAGCCUGCCCCUCCUAAAGCUCCCCAUCCUCUCACCGGUCUCAAUUUCGCCGUUUCUGAUGUAUUUGACAUUGAAGGGUAUGUGACUGGGUUUGGCCAUCCAGACUGGUUGAAGACACAUGAACCAUCUACUCGCACAUCACCUGUGGUUUUGGCCCUUGUAGAAGGAGGUGCUACCUGUAUAGGGAAAACUGUUGUGGAUGAACUGGCAUACAGUAUCCAUGGAGAGAAUAAACACUAUAGCACACCAACCAAUCCUGCUGCACCUGCACGCAUUUCAGGUGGAUCCUCUAGUGGAGCAGCUGUUGCUGUUGCUGCUGAUUUUGUGGACUUCUCUUUAGGCAUCGAUACUCUUGGUGGCAUAAGGGUACCUGCAGCUUUUUGUGGUGUUAUUGGAUUCCGGCCCUCAUAUGGUGUUAUUUCUAACACUGGAAUUAUACCUGUUUCAUCAAGCCUCGACACUGUUGGAUUGUUUGCUAAGGAUCCUAGCACUCUUCGUCGAGUUGGCCUUGUGCUCUUGCAACUUCCAUUUUCUGUUCAACGCAACCCUAAGCAAAUCCUUUUAGCUGAUGAUUGUUUUGAACUGCUAAAGAUUCCUAAGGAUAGAAUUUCACAAGUGGUGACUAAUUCCACUGAGAAGCAUUUUGGAAGACAAGUAUUGAAGCAUGAAAAUCUUGAGAAAUACUUCAGUUCUAAGGUCCCAAGCUUGAAGGAGUUUUAUAGCCAGAAAAUAAAUGGUGAUUCAAAAAUUUCAUCCUUAACAUUGCUUGCAAAUGUUGCACAGAUUCUUCAAAGAUAUGAGUUUAAACGUACGCAUGGAGAAUGGAUUAAUUCUGAAAAGCCUGUUCUUGAUUCUGCCAUCUCUGCGCAAAUAAAUGAAACACUUGAUAUGACGGAUAAGGAGAUUGAAAUUUGCAAAUUGGUUAGGACUGAGAUGCGUUUGGCUGUCAAUAAUCUUUUGAAGGAUGAUGGAAUUCUGGUGAUUCCUACCACUGCUUAUCCCCCUCCAAAACUUGGUAGUAAGGAAAUCUUCUCAGAUGACUACCAGAACCGUAGUUUUAGUCUGUUGAGUAUUGCUAGCAUCUCUGGUUGCUGUCAGGUCACACUACCUCUUGGAUAUCAUGAUAAGUGCCCAGUCUCUGUGUCCUUCAUAGCCAGACAUGGGGGUGAUCGAUUUUUACUGGAUACAGUACAGACUGUAUAUUCAUCCCUGCAAGAGCAUGCUGAUACUGUUGCUAAGUCUAAAUUGUCGCCUAAUGCUGUCAAGCAGGAACAUUCUGCUGAGGCAGUUAAAGAAAAGGGCAACCAAGCAUACAAAGAUAAGCAAUGGCAGAAGGCUAUUGGGUUUUAUACUGAGGCUAUCAAGCUUAGUGACAAUAACGCAACAUAUUAUAGCAACAGGGCCGCAGCAUAUCUAGAACUAGGAAGUUUCCUCCAAGCAGAAACAGAUUGUACCAAAGCUAUCAGCCUUGAUAAAAAGAAUGUAAAGGCAUAUUUACGAAGAGGCACUGCUAGAGAGAUGCUUGGUUACUACAAGGAGGCAAUUGAGGAUUUUAGCUAUGCUCUGGUGCUUGAACCAACCAAUAAGAGAGCAGCCCUUUCUGCAGAUAGGUUAAGGAAGGUAUUUCAGUAAGUGAAUGGAAGAUAAUAAUGAAAUUACAAGUGGAUUCAGUGUUGCAGAAUUGGUUCAUACGAGUUCUAAGUCAUCCUUUUGAUUUUGUUGCAUCAAUUUCAAAGGAUGAAGAUUUUCAUGCAUCUGAGAUGGUCGCAGGAUGAGUUGGUUUUUCAUACUAUUAAUUUUUAUCUAUCGCUUUGGUCUGCAUCCUUUAUUUUAAAAUCAUUAUUAUAUUUUGGUAGGUAUUUAGUCCAGUUUUGUUUCUUUAUAAUUGUUCUUUGUAUUAUUGUAUAAUACUAGGAUCUUAUUGACUUCUACACAUUCCUUUUAUAUAUCGAGUUUUAUGCCUUAUGAA